UGCCGCUUCAAAAAAGCUAUAAGUUUUGCGUAAUUGGAGAUAUCAACUUUCUCUUUCAAUUUAAUCAUGGUUUUCAACAUACUGUAAGUCGACCAUAAAGUCGAAGGCUUCUUUUCCUUAGAUAAUUCGCCAAAAUACGCCAACAAAACGGUCUCCGAGGCAGUAUUUCUCGUUCCUUUCUGGCUACACCAUGCUUCGAAUAUUUGAAAAGCCUUUUCGUACCGAAAUUUGCUUUUUGCUGGAAGCAAACUCUCUCCAAUCCUGUCUGCUGCUUCUUUUAAUUCAGGUGGGGUACAAUCCAUCGCUUCAUCUUCACUUUCCGAAAUCAUUUCUUUGGGGAGAACGGGGAGAAAUCUAGUGAAAAUCUAUUAUUUCCGCAAAAAUACUGAGCGAAAACUACCGUCGUUAAGGCGUUGUUGAUCUUAUCUAUGGUUGUUGAUUUUGCGGUUUCCUGUGGUUUCGUCUUUUGUUUUGGCCUUUACAGGGCCUUUGAGAUCGUCAAAAUUGAUGACAUUGACAAAAAAAGUGAAAUAUUUUUUUCUAAGGCCAGUUUUACACUAUAUGAAAAUUUCGUAUAACAGAAUCUUUAGUUUUUGCAUCAGAAAAUUAAGGGUUGAAAAUAAAAAAGUAUACAAACCUCGACGGAAAACUUAAUUUCUGUCUCGAGGUUGAGUUUAUCUCGACGCUUCGCGUCUCGAUAAACUAUAAUAACCUCUCGACCAGCAAUGAAGUAUUUUCCGUCUCGGAUUGUAAUAUACUAUUUACAAGUCAGUAGAAUUAUUUAUUUUUGAAAAAUCGGUUUUAUGACAAGAAUAAUUGCUUGUAGGUACCUUCUGGGAGACUUUUCUGGUGAUAAACUGUUGGCUACGACUGAGGCUUCAUUAAUAAUAUCUUGUAAUAAAUUCAUUUCUGGAAAAAAAUUGCAAAAUGGAAAUCUGUCAAAAAACCUAUUUAUAACUAGAAACAACGUCUUAACAACGUAUCAUUCUCAUAGUUAUACCAACUACCAAAACUUCUGUGAGAAAAAAUCAAGGAAAAACAUAUAAAUUUCAAAUUUUUGUUAUGUAUUGAUUUUUUAUUUGUCCCUAUAUCUUUUACAAAUGAGUAACAAAUAAAUUAUUGUACAUUAUACGCCAGGUAGCAGUUUUUACUGGCUCUUGAAGGUGACAAGCUCGCCUGGCGGCUCGCUAGUCAUUUCCUUCAAUCGCCAGUAAAAACUGUUUUACCUGGCUAAUAAUGUAAAAUACUAUGUUGCUAGUCCAAUAAUAAAUGUUUUUGAUACAAUUUUUUUCAUUUUUUAAAAUUAUUUAGACUUUCCAUUAUUCUUUGAACAAUUUAAAGAAACUUUUGUAUAAAACAUUUUUUGUUUACUCCAAUAUUAAGGCCAUCAAAUGACACCGGGUUUCAGGGGUGUCCGGAGUCCUCUUAAAUGUUGUUUGUUUGGUGAAGGUGAAACAAUCUGGGAGACAAAAAGAAGAUCAAUUUUUCCCCCUUUCUAUCAAUUUUUUUUGUGUUUUGACUCCAAAUGUUUCUGCAAGCCAUGUAUUGAGCAAGAUGCUUUGUAAUAAUGGGAUUUAAUUCAAACAAAUCAUAAUCUUUGACUUUGGAUGUCAGAAAAUAGGUGCUAACUUUGGACAUUGCUUAUGGGUUACUUUCUAGUUCUAGCAGCUUUAUGGGUUGAUUUAACCCUUCAAUGUUUUUUUUUUAAAUUACUAAACAUGGGCAACAUCAUAAAUUAUAAAUUCUUUUAUAUGUAUUUACUUUUUUAUCUCUCCCUAUUAGACAGUGAAUCCCUAACACUUUUAGAGCUUUUGGAAUCCUCAGAUCUUAACUUCGUGAUACUGGACCAGGCCAAAGUUUUGGAAAGAGUGACUAGCGAGAUUGUCAAGUUGAGCGAAGGUGAAGAGUUUGAUGAUAAUGAAGAAGAUAUACCGUUGCCCAAAUCGGCUGUAGAAGAACAGGAAUUGACUCCAGAGGAGUUGGAAGCUAAGAAAAUUUUUGAUAGUGCAGCAGCCUUAUUAAACAAAACUAGACCAGACAAACCGAAAGUCUACCAGUUGCUGAUUGAAGCGUCCAACAAAGGCAGCCUAGAAGCAAAAGCCUUAGUAGCUUGGGCCAAAUUAUUUGGAAGCACUUUGAAGCAAGAUAUUUAUGUGGCCAAAGAAAUGUUCCAGGAGCUUGCAGACCAUGGAAAUCCUGACGGACAUAUGGGAAUGGGUUUCCUUUACGCUUCAGGCCUGGCUGUUAAUGUUAGCCAAUCAAAAGCUUUGGUUCACUAUAUGUUCGGAGCAUUAGGAGGAAAUACUUGGGCCCAAAUGGCCAUGGGCUAUAGGUAUUUUGCUGGAGCAAGUGUGGGACCUAGCUGUGAAAAGUCUUUGGAUUAUUAUAGACAUGUGGCCGAUAAAGUUAGUCAAGGUGUUUCAUUUGGUGGUGGAGCAGCAAUUCAAAGAAUAAGGCUCUUGGACGAACUAGAAAAUGGAUACACCUCAGGAAUUUUGGAUAAUGAUUUGUUCGAGUACUAUCAACUUCUGGCUGAAAAGGGGGACGUUCAGGCACAGGUUGGCUUGGGGCAGUUGCAUUAUCAGGGAGGCAGAGGCGUGGAUUUGGACUAUCAGAAAGCCAUGCAUUACUUUACGCAGGCUGCUUCUGCUGGCAAUGCCAUGGCAAUGGCAUAUUUAGGAAAAAUCUAUCUUGAUGGUAGUGAUGAAGUUGAAGCCAACAAUGACACAGCCUUCAAGUAUUUCAAAAAAGCUUCAGACCUGAACAAUCCUGUUGGUUUGAGUGGACUUGGAUUGAUGUAUUUAUACGGACGAGGAGUGGAAAAAGAUUAUAGCAAAGCGUUUCAGUACUUUUUAGCUGCGGCAGACCAAGGUUGGGUCGAUGGACAGCUACAACUAGGAAACAUGUAUUUUAAUGGUUUAGGAGUGAAGAAAGACUACAAAUUGGCUAAUAAGUACUUCAAUUUAGCAUCGCAAUCCGGCCAUGUGUUGGCAUACUAUAAUUUGGGGCAAAUGCAUGCUAAAGGUACUGGAAUGCUGCGUUCUUGCACUACAGCAGUUGAACUAUUCAAAAAUGUUGCUGAAAGAGGACGCUGGGGAGAAAUAUUGAUGCAAGCUCAUUCAGACUACAGGGAAGGUAACUACAAUCAAGCAUUCGUCCAAUACGCCCUCCUCAGCGAAUUAGGCUACGAAGUAGCGCAAAGCAAUGCAGCUUUUAUGCUUGAUAGAUGCGAAGUCCCGAUGUUGGAGUCUCGGGAAGGCUUAGUGCGCGCGUUGUGGUAUUGGACUAGAGCUGCCGCACAAGGAUAUUCAGCGGCACAAGUCAAAGUUGGUGACUACUAUUACUAUGGCCUCGGCACGUCCGUUGACUUAGAAACAGCAGCCUCGCAAUAUAGGGUGGCAGCAGAACAGCAGCAUAAUGCCCAGGCAAUGUUCAAUUUGGGGUAUAUGCACGAGCAAGGGCUAGGGAUGAGCAAAGAUAUACAUCUGGCAAAGAGAUGUUACGAUAUUGCCGCUGAAACUAGUGCGGAUGCAAAAGUUCCUGUUGCACUGGCUCUGUUUAAGUUAAAUUUUGUUUUCAGUAUGGAAAAACUUGGAGAGAGUCCGUUCACUCAUUUAUUGGACUUUGUAGAUUCCCUAGGGUCCGAUUGGGAUCUCUACUUAAUAACAACCCUGAUGGCUCUGCUAGCAACUAUUAUUUACGUACGAAGACCUCAGAAUCAACCAGUGCUAGCCUGACCUUUGAUUUUUCCUUUUCUUUUCCAAUAAAAAAUGUUUUUAAAGCACAAAUAAUUUCAAAUUAAUAAGGAUCUUUCAUCUUUAUCAUAGAUAUAAUUUGUGAUUUAAAAAAAUUAUACCCUAUUACUUAAAUCAGGUAUCAAAGAAUUCAUUAUCGUAGCAAAAUUUAACCAUUGAACUGAAAUAAACAAAUUUUAAUCUCAAGACACGCAUUAAUUAUUAAUUGUUAAUUUUUUUUUCUAUGAUAGCCACUGUUUUAAUGUCAAUAAUUUGAACCAUUUCCAUAUUUAACUAUAAGACUUGUUUUCUGUAAUUUUUAUAAUGUUAUUGCUGUAAUUUUUAUUAUUUAUUAUUACUUUUUGUAAAUAUUUCAUUCGACGAAUUUUUCUUGCUAACUUUCGUGUGUAUGCAAAAGGCUGUUAAAAUAAAAAUUAUUAUUAGGAA